AUGUCGGAGGACAUCGGCUUCUUUGAGUUGCUGAACUUAGCCAUCGGGACGCCGCAGAGAGGCGCCGUCAACUUCAGCGCCCUGCACACGCUGCUGCACGCCGUGCUGGUGCAGCUGGACGUCCGGGAGAUGAAGACCCCGUGGAGGGACACGUGUCCCCGCGGAGGUCCUCCGGGUGCUCUGGUGGGUGUCGGCGGACCCGAGGACCUCCACCAAAAAGAAGAGCAGCAGCAGCAGCCGCCGGGGGAGAGUGACGUCUCCGCGGGGGAGCAGGAGGUUCAGCCCGGCGUCGAGCUCCAGGAGCGGCUACCAGCCUCCUCCUCCUCCUCCUCCUCCUCCAGCCCCGCGGAGGACAGCCAGCUGUCCCGCAUCCGGACCUGCGAGGACGGCGUGUCAAAGGCCAUGAAGCUCAUUGAGGAGCUGCACAAACAAAGAGACAAUCUGAAGAAGGAGAUGAAGGAGGAGAUAAAGGAGGAGAUAAAGGAGGAGAUAAAGGAGGAGAUGAAGGAGCUCUGCCACCAACAGAAGGUUGAAGCAGAGACGGUCUCGGAUGUGGAGAAGUGCUGCCACCGUGUGGACGCUCUGGAGGAGUCGCUGAGAUCUCUGAGGGACACGUUCCAGAAGAAUCCAGACCCAGAGGAGCUGAGUCAGUGUGUGACCUGGGACGACAUGCAGUCAACUCUGCUCAUCCAGAGAGAAAAUGAGCUUUUACAUUCAGGGGUCGUUGAUGGAUCCACAGAGGUCAAAGCCACAAACUCACCUUUCAACAGCAACCUCACUGCUGGAAACUCUACACCUUCUCACACCAGAACGUCCUCCUCCUCCCCCCACCCUGUGGAGGACACCGGGCGGCCAGAAGCUCCUAGUGCUCCGAAGAGUUCUGAACAGAUUUUGAUGGACGCCGGGACGCCGCAGCAUAAUCCUAAAACUGACCUGACAGCUGCCGGUAAGCCUCUGACUCGGAACGCCAGCGCCUCAGAGCGCUACUCAGAGACGGUGGAGGCCCUUAGGAACAUCGGCAAGCUGGAGGCUCGUGUUGCUGCACUGGAAGAAGGAAAGGCGGACCGGUCACAGCUGACACUCCUCAAAGAGCGAAUCCCUAACAAGAGUUCACGGGACGCGUCCAAUAACCUGAUGGAUCAACUGAACCAGCAGAGAGCUUUGAUAGACAGCCUGAUGAGCGACAGGGAGAAGAACGUUGAGCUGCUGAACGACGUGCAGAAUGCGAUCCUGCAGCUUCAGGCCGAGUGUGAAAAGCUGCAUGAAACUACCAGAAGUCUGCACGACGACUGCAGACAGAAACAGAGCCACAUAGAGGAGUUGUUCAAGACGACGGAGGAGCUGGAGGGGAAGAAAGCCGAUAAGCAGAUGGUCGAGAGUGGAAUCAAAGCAGAUAAAUGUGCUCUGGAGAGCAAAGUGAGCCGCCUGCAGUUUGACUCUGUGACCGAGCAGCUCAACGCCAUGUUCCACGAGCUGCUGAGCAAGGUGACGGGUCAGGAGCAGGACUGGAGCAAAGUCAUCGACCGACUCUCCACCGAGAUGGAAUGUAAGUUAAACAGGAUAGAGUUGGACUCUGUGAAGAAGCAGCUGGAGGAUCGAUGGAAGAACAUCCACCAGAAGCUUCAGGCUCAGGGAGCUCCAGAGACCGAUGACGCUGCUGGGAUCAGGAAACAGCUGGUGGACAGAUUUCACUGCCUCUCCUGUGACCGACCUGUUGUCAUGCACACCCACGGACAGCAUCUGGUGAGGCUGCCGUCCUCUCCUGGAUUCCCAUCACACAAGUCCAUCCGGCCGUUCACUGUUUACGCUCUGGAGCAGUUCAGACAGCACUACAGGAGUGAGCGGAUCUCUGAGAUGACGGACUACAGUCACCUGGCCGUGUCACGAAGCUGCGGGGGGAGUCACACCAUCACCUCGGCCAGCCAGCGACGCACCGGCCUGCAGUCCAUGAAGCACCACGCCCAGGUGGAGGUGGACAGCGUGGUCCAGGAGGAGGUUGAUAUCAUUGGACUGGACGGGCAUAUUUACAGGGGACGCCUGAAUGCACCUGCCAACAGAAAUACAGAAACUAAACUACCUACAAUCUCUACCAAAGAUGGCAAAACUAAAGACAAGGCCAAGGGCUCUCUGCCCCACAAACCCACUGCUUCUCCAGAGGUUCAUCACCCACACAGUGUCAAGAGUGGCCAGUGCAGCCGCUCAGCCUCCAGCAGCUCUGGGAGGGACUGGCCCGUGUCGGCUCUGGGCUGCACGUCUCAGAGCUCCGUCACUCCGGUUUCAGCUGCAGCAGAGAGCAACACAGAGCCACUGGACCUGUAGGGGGCGACACUCAGCACCCGUCUGUUUUCAUAUGUAGUAAACUUCUGCAGAAGGUAAAGCUGCUUUCAUCCUCUUAUUGUUGUUGUAACCUUUUUUUGCACUACGUGUCCCAUAAACCACCUGUC